AUGCCAAGUGUGGCUGUAAAACUCUACAGCGUAUUCUUCAAGUUCCUCUUGAAGCACCGUUUACAAAACCGGAUUCAAGCCCAACCCGAUAACUUUAACUCAUUCGGUAUCACUUCACGGCCCGAAGAAUCCGUCGCUAACUCUAACCCUUCUUUCACCGACGGCGUCGCCACCAAAGACAUUCACAUCGAUCCUUUCACUUCUCUUUCCAUUCGAAUCUUCCUCCCUCAAUCUGCACUUUCUCCACCCGAGCCUCAUUCCAAACCUAAGUCUAACCCUAAACAACUAGAUCCCGAGCCUGGAUCUGUUCGGCGAAGUAGCUAUGGUCCUCCCUUCAGGGAAGAGCUCCGAGGGAAUGGUUUUGGAGGUAGUAAUGGUGUUGAGGGUUUGAAUUUGAUGGGCGCUGGUGUUGUUACUGGUGCUGGAUUGUACCGGGGGUACUCGCCGGCGCUGGAUAAUCGACGCAGGAAGUUGCCAGUGAUGUUGCAGUUUCAUGGCGGUGGUUGGGUUAGUGGGAGUAAUGAUUCCGUGGCGAAUGAUUUGUUUUGUCGGCGGAUCGCAAAGCUUUGUGAUGUGAUUGUGAUUGCUGUUGGGUAUAGGUUGGCGCCGGAGAGUCGGUAUCCGGCCGCGUUUGAGGAUGGGUUGAAGGUGUUGAAUUGGUUGGCGAAGCAGGCGAAUUUGGCUGAGUGUAGUAAAUCUAUGGGGGUUGGUGGAGGAAGCCAUGGUGGCGGCGGUGGUGGUGAGUUUAACAAAUCAGAUAAUCAUAGACAUAUUGUUGAUUCUUUUGGUGCUUCAGUGGUUGAGCCUUGGUUGGCUAGUCAUGGAGAUCCAACAAGAUGUGUUCUUCUUGGAGUGAGCUGUGGUGCGAAUAUUGCAGACUAUGUGGCUCGAAAAGCUGUGGAAGGAGGCAAGCUUUUUGACCCUGUCAAGGUGGUAGCGCAGGUUUUGAUGUAUCCAUUUUUUAUUGGUAGCGUGCCCACGCGUUCGGAAAUAAAAUUGGCAAACUCCUACUUUUAUGACAAGGCUAUGUGCAUGCUUGCAUGGAAACUUUUCCUACCCGAGGAAGAAUUUAGUUUGGACCAUCCAGCUGCUAAUCCCCUGGUCUCAGGCCGGUCUCCUCCUUUAAAGUUGAUGCCUCCGACAUUGACAGUGGUGGCAGAGCAUGACUGGAUGAGGGAUCGUGCCAUUGCUUACUCAGAGGAGCUUCGGAGGGUGAAUGUUGACGCACCUGUUCUUGAGUAUAAAGAUGCAGUGCACGAAUUCGCAACACUUGAUGUACUUCUCAAAAGCCCUCAGGCCCAGGUUUGUGCGGAGGACAUUGCCAUCUGGGCCAAGAAAUAUAUUUCACUUCGAGGUCAUGAAUUCUCGUAUUGA